AUGUGUUCAAUAUUUGAAACAUUUAAGGAGGUCCUUUCGCUGGCUGAAAUAUUAAGUGAUUAUGAGAAUGCAUUAAAAAAUUUAAAUAUACCGUAUGCUGUAUGUGAAAUGAUUGUAGCAUUGGUUGCUGUUAUUGGUAAUGCAAUGGUUAUACAUGUGUUUCGUAAAGAACGUCGUUUACAUCGACGUACCAAUUAUUAUAUUGUAUCGUUAGCGGUUGCGGAUUUUUUAGUAGGACUGUUAGGUAUACCAUUUGCAAUAUUGGCAUCGGUGGGAUUACCACGAAAUUUACAUGCAUGUUUAUUAACGGUUUCAUUGUUAGUGGUGCUAUGUACAAUAUCGAUAUUUUGUUUGGUUGCUGUUUCUGUCGAUCGCUAUUGGGCGAUUUUAUAUCCGAUGGGAUAUUCGAGAACUGUUCGUACUAAAACUGCUAUAGUUAUAAUCAGCAUUUGUUGGGUAGCUGGAACAUUUGUUGGAUUUUUACCAUUAUUGGGAUGGAAUGCUGGAUGGGAAAAUGGUAACAAUUGUUUAUUUGUGAAAGUGAUGGAUUAUAGUUAUCUAGUCUUUUUAUAUUUCGCUACAAUAAUUACACCAAGUUUACUUUUAGCAUUAUUUUACGCACAUAUUUAUCAUGUCAUACUUAAACAGCUACGACAAAUUGUCACCGUAAAUCCAUCUCCAGGACAUCGAGGCUCAUCAUUACGUGCACACAGUGGUACAAUGCUACGUGUACUUGGUGCUGCGCAAAAGCGUGAAGUAAAAGCAACACAAAAUUUAUCAAUAAUUGUGUUAUUCUUCAUUGUGUGUUGGAUGCCACUUUAUACGAUAAAUUGUGUGCAAGCAUUUUGUCGAACUUGUGAAGUUAGCGAAUUAGUAAUGAAGAGUUGUAUAAUAUUAUCGCACAUGAAUUCUGCAGGCAAUCCGUUAUUGUAUGCGUAUCAUCUGCGUGAUUUUCGGGCGGCUCUUAAACAUUUCCUUUAUAGUUUAUUACAUAUACAAGAAGAACCAGUAGUGAAUAUUUAUGAACAACAUUUUCGACCAUCAUUAGCAUCCAGUCAUUAUAAUUACAGUUAUCAACGACAACAAUCAUGGCGUCAUCAAUCUUUACAAUCGAAUUCAAAUCAUUACAUUGAUUCGCCAGCAUUAGCGCGUCAACGACUUCCUCUACGAAAUUCCCCAUACAUAAAUCAUUCAACACGUACACUAAAUCGAUGUGCAACUUCACCAAAUAUGAAUAAUACAGCGGAUAUUACAGCAAAUAAUCGUGAAAUGUGGCAUAUUAAAGAAGUUUCAUCAACAGGCGAACAAGAUGUACCAUCGAAAAAGAAUUCUCUUAAAGAAGAAAUUCCAAAAAUAUUAAAGAGCCAAGAUAAUUCAGGCCAAUUUAAUAACGGUUACAUUGAUGAUGGAAUCUUAUUAUCCGGUGAUGAUGAAGUAUUCCUAUCCGAAGAAUCGCCACCAAUUUCCCCAGCUAAAUCUACAUCACAUAGUAGUAGCAAUGAAUUUCCAAUUAAUCAAAUAUUAUCAGAUAAUUUAGCUACCAAUAGCAUAAUUGUAUUAUCGGAUAAUAUUCAACCGUUUACCAUCAAUCAUCAUAAUAUUUCAACAUCCUCACCACAAUUAUCAAAAAAUGUAUUUUUAAUUGAAGAAUCGGAAAAAAAUAGUGAUAUUUCAGAAAUAUCAUCCAAGGAAUUAUUUUUAGUACCGAAACAAAAAAAGAUUGAAAUAAAAAAAGCAACAACAUUAUCAGCAUCCACAAAUUAUUUACAUGAUAAUAAUGAUUAUACAAAUAAUAUUGGAUCAUUAAAAAAGGUCAGUAAUUUUGUGAAAAGACAUUCAUUAUCAUCAAAUAAAUGUUCCACAACAUCAUCCAGUUUUAGUAUUUAUAAAAAAAAUUGUUCAUUAAAUUAUAGUUUAUCAACAGUAGUACCUCAAACACGAAAUACUGCAUUGCGAAAAAUGAGUGCUGAUUAUGAAUAUUCCAGUUAA